GCCACACUCUCUCCUUCUUGAAUCCUUUCUGAGCGUGUCGUUACAUCUUGAUAAAGAGAAUCAAAUUGUUAUAAACUGAAAGUGACACAAAGAAUCGAAAUGCUUGGACUGAACCUUCAUAUUACAGGUUUUAGCCGUGUUAGGUAGGCGAUGCAGAGAGGAGGCCGCUGUGGAUGGAGGAGGCCUGGAUCACAGUCAAUUUCCAUUUUGUAUUUCAUUUAGAGCACAGUUUUCAUUAUUUAGUUUUUAUUUUACACUCUGUUGUCUCUUAUCAUCUAAGCAAUUAGUUAUUUGCUCAUUAGUUAUUAGUUAAUGUAUUCAUUGAAUACUUUUUGAAAUGUGUCCAUUUAUUCUCUAACAUAAUUGGGCUUGAUGUUUGUAGAAUUAGUAGAAAAGAGAAGACGCAAAUAGAAAACUAUAGUAAACAUUUCAGAAACUAUUCACAAGAUUUUUUACUAUCUAGAAUUUGAAUUUUAUGCAUUUCUGGGUUGACACUUUUAAGACAUGCCACAUUGUUUUUAACAAAAGUCGGAACUGGCUCUCAAAAUUGUGCAAACUGGUUAAAAUGUCAGCUUUAUGUGAUAUAAGACCUCAGUUAUUAAUUUCAAAACCUUUAUCAUAUUUCAAUAUGACAAUUAUUUAAAUGAAAAUCAAACAAAAAUAAAAAAGCUGCAGCAAUCCCUGUGCAAACCCUUAUAUUGAUAUUUGGUUGAACCUUUGUUGAAUUUCAGACUUAUUGAAUUGAAACCACAUUGAAAAAUCACUGAAAGAACACCAAACCAACAGUGAAACAUGGUAGUGGCAGCAUCAUGCCGUGGUUUUAUGUCUUUUUUUUUUGGAUUAGUGAGUUUUUUCAACAGAAGAAUGACUUUAAGAGAAGGAUAUUAAAGUUUUUGAUCGGCCUAGCCAGAGUCUAGAAGUGAUUUCAGGAUCUUGUUUACAGUAUUUUGACAGUUGUUACACAUGAACAGGAACAUUUUUACAGAAACGUAAAAAGCAGGAUAUUCUUAUAAUGAGAUGCAAAACUCGUUAAAACAAGAAUCUUUCUCGUUAACAAGAAAAUUUCUAGCAAUGCUAUGAUCUCCUCGCACUGUUUCUGCAAGGCAACUCCUAAAAUCCCAAGAGAUGUUGCUGUUUUACUGUUACGACCCUUCUUACUUAAAAGAGAAGAUAUUUCGGUUUUAAUGAGAUAUAAAUCUCGUCGUUACAAGUUUACAAAAUCUCGUUAAAACUAGAAGGCUUUGUAGUUUUAACGAGUUUGGUUCUCGUUAAACGAGAAAGUUUUCACUUUAAAGGAGUUGCUGCUCCUGAACUUAUUUUCAAGCUCUAGUCUGUUAAAGACAGUAAAUUUGACCAAAGACUAAAUUCUCAAAAGCGCAUUAUUUAAGCCUUUGAUGUUUUUAACAGUUUGACAAUACUUUGUCUUUCAGUUCAUUGGCUCUGAAAGUAUUUAUUAUGGUCUCAUUUUUUUUCAUCCAAAAAGCCUGACAUUUUAACAGAGUUAAACACAUUUUUCAAAUCCAUUGUUCUGAGCAUUCCUCUUUUUUUUCCUGACAUAAUAAAUAGUAAUUCUGGAUCAAAUUUGAAAUAAACACGUUAAAUGAAAGUGCAUGCAUGUGGUCAUGCCAUGUCAACCCAGUUUUUAUUGUUUUUUUUGUUGUUUUUUUCUCUUCACAUUGUGCUUCUGCUUUUUAUGUUCCUGACAGCCGCAUGUCAUAAUGCGUUUUAUUUUCCUUUUUGUGGUAGACAAGCAUGACAUUGAGCCGAGCCACAGAUGCAUGCCCACUCUAAAGCACCAGCUGAGCGGCAUCCCCUCUGCUUCCUGGCUUGCACCCGGCCUCUCAGAGGGGGGUGUGGACGGGGCGUAGCUAGUCCCCUGCAGCCCCCUGCAUAGCGGCUCGCUGUGAAACUGGAGGGGUCUGAUGGAUCAGGGUAGUAGUGAGCAGAGUCCAGAGGAGCCGGACGCAGGAGGCCGAGCGGAGCCGGAGGUCGGCAGGAGGGCGUCGGAGUCAGAGCACGGCUUGUCCAAAAUCACCCAUAAUGCCCUGGAGAACAUGGGAGCGUUGGGGCACGGCCUGAAGCAGCUUUUCCAGCCUCAGCGCCGACGCUCCUCCGUUUCCCCGCAUGACUCCGCCUCAGCCUGCGCGAGCGCCCCUCCCUCCGAGCCCGUCGACCUAGGGUCAGAAGUAGGGGACGUUCCGGGCUCCUUGGCCCCCUCCAUGGAUUCUGACAAUCCUGCCGCUUCCGCCCCUCCCGCAGCUCUGAGCCGGGUUCUCCAGCAGAUUCGAGGUCCGCCCAUCAUGAAACGAGGUACCAGCCUGCAGAGCCGCCGCAGCAAAGCGGGGAGCUCUGGGGAGGCCCCUCAGAAAGGAAGCCCGCAGAUCCAUCGGCGGAGCACCCACGAGGCCCUGCUUCAGGCAGGACGCCCACGCUCCUCCUCCACCACGGACACGCCCAGCAGUCCUGCGCUGGUGGACGUGCUGCUGACCUCUGGGUACCACUCCACUGAAGAACCUGACAAGUUGGAUCGGUACGAUGGAUCAGGCCCGGCGGUGUCACCCAACACCCUGCCUUACGGCGCUGAGGGGUACGACGUGGUUGACAGCACGCCGGACCCCCAGCGCACCAAGCAGGCCAUUGCCCAGCUGCAGCAGAAGAUCCUGAAGCUCACAGAACAAAUCAAGAUCGAACAAACGGCUCGGGACGACAACGUGGCAGAGUACUUGAAACUGGCCAACAAUGCAGACAAGCAGCAGAGUGCGCGCAUCAAGCAGGUGUUUGAGAAGAAGAACCAAAAGUCUGCUCAGACCAUCCAGCAGCUGCAGAGGAAACUGGAGCACUACCACCGGAAACUCAGAGAGGUGGAGCACAACGGCAUCCCUCGGCAACCCAAAGACGUUUUCCGAGACAUGCACCAGGGUCUGAAAGGUGUUGGAGCCAAGGUAACAGGAGGGCUGUCCAGUUUUUCUCAAGCUACUCAUUCUGCAGCUGGAGCUGUGGUGUCCAAGCCCAGAGAAAUCGCUUCGCUCAUCCGGAACAAGUUUGGGAGCGCCGACAACAUCGCCGCUCUGAAAGACUCGCUGGAAGAAGCGGCAGGAGAAGAGGGCAGCUAUCCGGGGGGGUCACGACCUCUGGGAACAGGACAGUUACAAUCCAGCCCCAGGUACGGCAGUGAGGACGACUGCUCGAGCGCGACAUCUGGGUCUGCUGGAGCCAACAGCACGCCGGGGGCCCCAGGUGGCCCCCCCAGCUCCAGGGGGAAUACUCUCGAUAAUGCACAAGGUUCAGGGUUUGAUGCUUUCCUCCAUGAGAUCCAUGAGCUUCGGGACAACCAGGGUCGACUGGAAGAGUCAUUUGAAAAUUUAAAAUCCCACUAUCAGCGGGAUUACACCAUGAUCAUGGAGGCUCUGCAGGAAGAACGAUACAGGUGUGAGCGAUUAGAAGAACAACUCAAUGACUUGACAGAACUGCACCAGAAUGAAAUCCUGAACCUGAAGCAGGAACUAGCCAGCAUGGAGGAGAAGAUUGCCUACCAGUCUUAUGAAAGGGCCCGAGACAUACAGGAGGCGCUGGAGGCUUGUCAGACUCGCAUAUCCAAGAUGGAGCUGCAGCAGCAGCAGCAGCAGGUGGUGCAGCUGGAGGGCCUGGAGAACGCCACGGCACGGACUCUCCUGGGAAAGCUAAUCAACAUCCUCCUGGCCGUCAUGGCUGUCCUCCUGGUGUUUGUGUCCACCGUGGCCAACUGCGUCGUCCCCUUGAUGAAAACACGCAGCCGCACGCUUUCCACGCUGCUCCUCGUGAUCCUGCUCGCCUUCCUCUGGAGGCACUGGGAGGCUAUUUCAGAGUAUCUGCAUCAUUUCCUGCUAAACCCCAGAUGACCUGCUGGGAGAAACUAAUGAAAGCGAUGAAAGGGACUGGGCGCUUCAAGGUCAACGGUUAAAGGGAAGACGUAUAUACUGAAGGUUGUGUCUUAAACGUCCAGUUGAUCAUAUUUCUCUAAAAGCACUCAGGAGUGUAACAAAGGUUUGUCACUUUACCACUUUGUGAACUUUGUAUCCGGGAGAAUAAAAUUAAGAGCGAGGAGAUAAAAGAAAAAAAAAAUCCUGGAAGUUGGGCAUCGAGUUUGAAUCACAGGUGCAAUGGAGGCACAAGCACACGCUGCGAGAGUGAAGGGGGCGAAUUUGAAGGAGGAGCUGAGAGAACUGCACACUGGAUUUCUCUCUUCUGAGUGAAUUUGUUUACAAGUGGAAAACCUUGCAUUGUUUUUCACCUUAGUUUAUAUCUGUUGUUUAUUCAAAUGGUAUUGUUUUGAAGUCACUGCUAUUUUUAAUCCAGCUUGCUCAGUUCUCUUUUUAAACAGUAAUGAUUUGACGUCGUUCUGCGGUUUUGGUGUCCCAAGGUUUUUUUUUUUGCAAGAAAUUUCUCUUCGGUUUUGCGAUUGUUUUUUUCUCUUUUUUUUAUUUGCUUCCUCCUCUCAUCAUCUCUGCAUUUCAGCUUAUGUAACCAAGUCCUCCUUCCAGAUCACUUAAGAUCGGGUGCCUGCAAAUCUGCAUCAGUGCUCUGAGAUCACAUUUGUAACUGAAUUAAAUAGCUGUGGGUCGUUGAAUUGUUUCCUUUUGAUGUGUGGAGUCGAUCACACUGGUUCCGCCACAAACGGGAUGCGACUAUCCAGAAAUGUGACCCUCUCCUCCAACUGGACUACACUUUUCCUGGUGACUCUUUCACUGCAGAAAGAAUAAUCUACAAACUGAAUUAACAUACUUGAAGAGCGGCUGAAUUGCUCAAAGACUUAGUGCUUCCGUACUGUUUCUAUUAGUGAUGAUGAAAUAGUAACACAUUUUAGUUGAUUUUUUUUUUUUUUUUUAAUAAAUUGCUGUUUUGAAAGGCUUCGUUUAAGGUCUAACUUGUAUUUGUGUGCAAUUGUCAAAAACUCUC